AUGUCGGCCGUACUCACUGUAGAUGCUAUUCUGUUUGGUAUGCUGGUAUUUUGUGGCAUCUUGGGAAACUUUCUGGUCAUCUUUGUGGUUAUCCAGGCUGCCACUGAGAGUCCAUCUCGGAGGCUUCCACCCUCGGAUACAAUUUUGGUGCAUUUGUCACUGGCCAACCUCCUCACUUCGCUUUUCCGCACUGUGCCUAUUUUUGUUUCGGACUUGGGUUUGGAUGUGAGUCUCUCUCCGGGCUGGUGUCGAGUCUUCAUGCUGCUGUGGGUGUGGUGGCGAGCUGUGGGCUGCUGGGUGACUCUGGGGCUCAGCAUUUUCCACUUUACUACACUAAGGCGCCAGCAUGUGACCUUCGGACCUCUGGCCUUACAACGGGAGAGGCGACGUGUCUGGAUCAUCCUGGGAGUAGUGUGGGGGGCCAACCUGGCAUUUUCUACCCCUGCUCUUGUAUACAGCACCCACGUUCACGGCAACGCUACUGUGGAGCUGAUGGUGAUCAGCUGCACCACCAGGCCCCUGCUAGGCUGCAUAUGGGAGUUCCCUUCCAGCACACAGGGAGCAGCAUUUGCCUCUGCUUCCUUGGCCUUCAAUGAGGUAUUGCCACUCCUGCUAAUGGUGUGCACCAACUUGGCCACGCUGCACUCUUUGGCCAAGCACAUCAGGGCCGUGACUGCGGGGGGAGAACACGGGGAGCUGGACAAACACAUGUCCGGUGAGCGCAAGGCAGCUCAUGUCAUUAUGUUAAUGGUAUCGCUUUUUGUGGUGUGUUGGGUGCUGCAGGUAGCCGCAGUGACUUACUAUAACCAUGACAGAGGUCACCAUGCUGAAGGAUUGCUCACUGUAGCACAUUUCUCCGCCUCGCUGUUUGUGGGAUUUUGUCCGAUGGUGGUGGCCCUGGGGCACGGCAAGUUAAGGAGGAGAAUUGUGGGCAUGAUACUUGGCUGGUCAAAAGCUCUUAAACGCCGGUCUGGUGUGGAAGUUGGGGUUCAACCCCCGCAGGUUAAAGGAAAGAAAGAUAAACAAACCAUUUUUGUUGUUCCAAAGGAAAGUAAACAGUAA